AUGUCUUACAGCGGCGGAUAUGGCGGCGGCGGCGGUGGAGGAUACGGCGGCGGUCGCGGCGGAGGCGAUCGCGGCUACUCGAAUGGCGGCGGCGGCGGCUACGGCGGCGGUUCCAACGGCUACUCCGGUGGUGGAGGAUACGGCGGCGGAGGUGGUGGCUACGGCGGUGGUGGUGGCUUUGGCGGACGCGACGGCGGCGACCGCAUGUCGCAACUCGGCCAAGGCUUGAAGACACAACAAUGGGACCUUGACACAAUGCCCAAAUUCGAAAAAUCUUUCUACAAGGAGGAUCCCGCAGUCACUGCUCGCUCAGCCGCAGAGGUCGCUGAGUACCGCAAGGAGCACCAGAUGACCGUCAAGGGCGAGAACAUCCCCAAGCCCGUCACAACUUUCGAUGAGGCUGGUUUCCCGUCAUAUGUCAUGAACGAGGUCAAGGCACAGGGGUUCGCGAAGCCCACCGCUAUUCAAGCCCAGGGAUGGCCCAUGGCUCUCUCUGGUCGCGACGUUGUCGGUGUUGCUGAGACCGGUUCCGGAAAGACCCUCACCUACUGUCUUCCUGCCAUCGUCCACAUCAACGCACAGCCUCUCCUCGCCCCAGGCGAUGGUCCCAUUGUCCUGAUCCUUGCGCCCACUCGUGAGCUUGCUGUCCAGAUUCAGCAAGAAAUUAGCAAAUUCGGAAAGUCUUCCCGCAUCCGAAACACCUGCGUCUACGGAGGUGUCCCCAAGGGUCCUCAAAUCCGUGACCUCGCUCGCGGUGUCGAGGUGUGCAUCGCUACUCCCGGACGUCUUAUCGACAUGCUUGAGGCUGGCAAGACUAACCUCCGCCGUGUUACUUACCUCGUUCUCGACGAGGCUGACCGCAUGCUUGACAUGGGUUUCGAGCCUCAAAUCCGCAAGAUCAUCGGACAGAUUCGCCCUGAUCGACAAACUUGCAUGUGGUCCGCCACAUGGCCCAAGGAGGUCCGCCAGCUGGCGGCCGACUACCAGAAGGACUGGAUCCAAGUAAAUAUUGGUUCCAUGGACCUUUCCGCUAACCACCGCAUUCAACAAAUCGUCGAGGUCUGCACAGAGUUUGAGAAGCGCGACCGCAUGGCCAAGCACCUCGAGACAAUCAUGAGCGACAAGGACAACAAGAUCCUGAUCUUCACAGGUACCAAGCGCGUUGCUGACGAGAUCACCCGAUUCCUUCGUCAGGACGGCUGGCCGGCGCUUUCCAUCCACGGCGACAAGCAGCAAAACGAGCGUGACUGGGUCUUGAACGAAUUUAAGACUGGCAAGAGCCCCAUCAUGGUUGCCACUGACGUGGCUUCCCGUGGUAUCGCUUCACGCGAUCCAAUCAUGAUCGCCGUCUGCUCUUUUCAUCAGUCACUAACCUUUGCUCUUCAAGAUGUCCGCAACAUUACUCACGUGUUCAACUAUGACUACCCGAACAACUCGGAGGACUAUGUCCACCGCAUUGGUCGUACUGGUCGUGCUGGCGCUAACGGUACCGCCAUCACUCUGUUUACCACAGAAAACUCCAAGCAGGCUCGUGAUCUCGUCCAGAUUCUUACAGAGUCCAAGCAGCAGAUUGAUCCUCGUCUGCAUGAAAUGGCCCGCUAUGGUGGUGGAGGUGGCGGCGGUGGUCGCUGGGGAGGUGGACGCGGCCGUGGUGGAGGCCGAGGCGGACGUGGUGGAUGGACCGGAGGUAACAGCGACCCUGUUCGCAACAGCCGCUGGUAAACGAGCUAUCUGGGCGACCUGCCCAUCAACCAUCAGGAUGAUGAGUGCCUACCUCAAUUUUGCUUGGGCGUUGAGAUAUCCAUUUCGAGAUCACUUCAUGUUUCAUCCCUUCUUUCGUGCGACGGAUUGCCGUACCUGUUCAAGCUCUGUCGUACGCUGAUACCCGAAGGGCAGAGUAUUGAUCCCCAUGCAAGUACAUCUCCUCAGUAUAGCGACCUUGCUCGCCCGCAUAUAGACUGGCAUCGGUUUCCUCUUUUAUCGCAGCUGCGCACAUGCAGCAUGUCAUUCGCGGCCACUUCGUCGCUUUGCAUCACGGCGCUGGUGGCGUUAUAUUCCAGAAAAAAAGUUCCUGUUACAGUAAUAGCGAUAUAGAAUACAGUUUCAUGAUAUCUUAU